CAUAACUUCACUUUCGAACAGUUUUCAAAUUUAUAGACUAGGAAUAUAAUGAUGCUUCUUUUUUAAAGGCUAGGCUAGUACAACUCUAUCCAUGUUCGCUAAUUAAAUAAUUACCAUCGCUAUCUGUUUUAAAGUUGCCGUUGAUUUUUAUCUCAAUUAUAUGCUUUCUUUUACUCUAUGGUAUAUUUAUUUGAGUUCCAAACACGAUAUAUAUAGUGGAGUGGUUGUGAAAAGAUAACUCUCGUACAAGCUUGUGAAUCAAGCAAACUACGUUGCCACAUACUGGCUGUAAUAAUUAAUGUCAAUAUAUUUUAUCUCAAACGAUCAGGGCUUCAUUUCAAGUAUUCACCACUUAGUGGAAGAUGAAAAUUCAUGUUUCUUGUUAGCGAAUUAAGAAUCUCAUUCCAUGUAAAAAAGUGUAUUAUGUAUAUAUCUAUAGUUCUACUAUUGCUGCUAAACAUUUUCUUUCAAAUCAUUCACAAAAUCAACAGUUUUUAAUUAGGCUUGGAUGUAUUUUGAUCAAGUGUUUCGCAGCAUGAUAUACAAGUUUAUCAGAAAAUGUAUAAUGAAUGGAAUUUUGGGUGGUUGCUAUGUAACAGACAAGAACGUUCUUAUAGAUAGUACUAUACAACUUUUAAGAUUGGACUGAUCUAAAUUAUCUGCUAGCAAAAUAUAAUUUCGCCUAGUAUCGUAUGUACAUUUGAACUCAGAAAUGGAUCAUUCAUAUGUAUAACCGUGCAUACAUCAGAAAGUGGGAGACAGUUGUGACAUGUGGUUUUAUUGACAUUAUAUAUACACAUUUUAGACCAAUUAAAACUUGACUCCUAUUUACAUCCACUUGGUACUUUAAUUAUUGUUUUUAGUUAUAUAUUUCAUUUUGAUUCUGUGUUUACAAUUUCUAAAAAUAUUAAGUUAUGCUUUUUCUAAAGGAUGAAAAUGUGUAAAAUGAAAAAGUAUAUAAGCUGUUCUAAAACACUGUCUUUUCAACGGUCUUUUAAUCCAGCUUGUUCCAUGUGAAUGUUGUGAAGAGUACAAAGGGUGUUGUAACUCAUGACUUUGAAGUUUAAAUUGCUGGCGACGGCCAUGACCCUCAUGACAAUGAACAUUCAUACACAAUAAAUGAAAAGGAAAACCCAAAGCAACCAAAUAUUCUAGACUCUUAAAAAAUUAAUGUUUAAGAAAAUGGUAAGAAGUAAGAACCAAAAAUUGUCUAAAAAGGGAUUCAGUCAAAUUACAAAACUACAACUUUCAUUCGUUUUUACCUUUAAAGGUAGAAAUAAAAUAUUUACGAAGAGAUGUCCUUUUGAUGAGUCAACGCAAUUUGGUCAACACAUACACACACACACUCUCGUGUCUUUCACCAUCUACCUACAAACAAAAUUAAAUGCCCAGUUUACCCUUUCUAUAUGUCCAAAUACUGAACACAUCCCACGUAGACAAGAAGACACAAAUGGAAAUCCCAGUCAGCAGUUUUACCUUGUCUUGAAAUACUCAAGUGUCUUGAAACUUUUAAGUAAAUACAAAAUGAGGAUUCUUUAAACCAAAUUAAUCUUUCUAAAAGCGUUAUACAGUACUUUCUCAUGUCAACAAACCCUUUAUAUCUUCACGUACAUAUCUUAGCUACUGUACUAAAAUAAAAUUAUGUAUAUUAAACUUUAUACGUACAUUUUUAUAAACAGUUGAAUAAAAACAUAAUAUACUAUCUUUUAAGUUAGGAAUAAAUGGACUCUUGUCACAAUCCAAAUUAGAUUUUACUUUUACCAAAUUAGAUUUUCACCUUUUAGUGGUUGAAUACUGCAGAACAAGAAAAACAUGUAUAGAUUACGAGAAUCUAAAAUGCAUUAAAUUAAGGUCCCAAAUAGUUCCAAAUAAGAAAAAGAAAUGAAAUAAAAGUAGCAGACAAGAAAGAAAAUUAAGAAAAAAGGUGGAAGAAAAACAAUGUCCGAAAACCACAUUGACGCGCGUGAAGAAAACGCCCCAAUCAUGGGGAAGUGAGAGAGUGUCUUAAACCAAUGUAACGUAUGUGUUGUUUCUUCUCGUACGACGUGGGAACUCUGCUUUCACCUUGUUCCUCUCAAAAACGUCCGUUUACAACUCAUUCCUCCCACGCGCUUCGUUACUACUACUACUACCUUCACAACCUCUCCUCUUCUUCUCCGCUGUCUCUUUCUUCAAAACUCACAUUAACGAUCAGUGAAGAAGAGGAUACAAUAGAGAGAAACUAGAGAGCAGUUUGAUGACGUGGCGUAGUAGUCUCCGGUGAAGAGAUGUCACACGUUUUUCACGAGGCAACAAGUAACUAAAAACAACAUCUUCCUCCUCGAAGCACAAUGUCGACGACCAACACUCCCACGGCGGCUCAGCCACAACAACAGCAAACGCCGCCACCUCCUCCGGAGAUAACGACGGAGGAGCUAACGGCGAAGGCUCUGAACAAGAGAUACGAAGGUUUAACGACGGUGAGAAACAAAGCGGUGAAAGGCAAAGGCGCGUGGUACUGGACUCACCUCGAACCCACGCUCGUGCGCAACACCGACACUGGCCUCCCCAAAGCAGUGAAACUCCGCUGCUCCCUAUGCGACGCCGUUUUCUCCGCCUCCAACCCUUCCCGCACCGCCUCCGAGCAUCUCAAACGCGGCACGUGCCCAAACUUCACCUCCUCCGUCGCUCCUCCCGUCUCCGCCGUAAGCCCCUCCUCCUCUUCUUCUCCUUCUCAUCACCGGAAACGACAAUCCUCCGGCGCCGUUCCUUCCCGGCUCAAUCCUCCUCCUUCUUACCACGUGACGCCGAUAACCGUCGUCGAUCCGUCGAGAUUCUGCGGCGGAGAGUUGCCGUACUCCGCUCCGCCGCCGCCGCGGUUGAUGCUUUCCGGCGGAAAAGACGAUCUGGGUCCGUUGGCUAUGCUGGAAGACAGUGUGAAGAAGCUCAAGAGUCCUAAGCCAUCGCACGCGCUGACUCUCACGAGAUCGGAGAUAGAGUCGGCGCUGGACUCUCUCUCCGACUGGGUCUUCGAGUCUUGCGGUUCGGUCUCUCUCUCGGGUCUGGAGCAUCCAAAGUUUCGAUCUUUUUUGACCCAAGUCGGUUUACCGAUCGUCUCCAAGAGAGACUUCGCCACGACGAGGCUUGAGUUGAAGUACGAGGAAGCGAGAGCCGUGUCGGAAUCGAGAAUCCUAGACGCGAUGUUCCUCCAAAUCGCGUCCGACGGAUGGAGAGAGAGUCUGGUGAGUUUGGUCGUAAAUUUACCCAACGGGACGAGUGUUUACAGGAGAGCGGUUUUAGUCAACGGAGCCGUGCCGGCUAACUACGCGGAGGAGGUUUUGUUGGAGACGGUUAAGGGCAUUUGCGGGAAUUCACCUCAGAGGUGUGUCGGGAUAGUCUCCGACAAGUUUAAUAACAAAGCGCUCAAGAGUCUCGAGAGCCAGCAUCAGUGGAUGGUGAACUUGUCUUGUCAGCAUCAAGAGCUCAAGAGCUUGAUCAAAGACUUUAUUAAAGAGCUGCCUUUAUUCAAAUCCGUCUCGCAAAAUUGUACGAGACUCGGUAAUUUCAUCAACAAUACGGCGGAGAUACGUAACGCUCACCGUAAGUAUCAGAUGCAAGAACACGGGGAGUCUAUAAUGCUACGGUUGCCUUUGCAUUGUAAGGCUUGUGUCUUUGAGCCGUUAUUUAAUCUUCUUGAGGAUGUGUUGAGUUCCGCUAGAGCGAUUCAUUCGGUAAUGCAUGAUGAUGCUUGUAAAGCUGUUUUGAUGGAGGAUCACACGGCUAGGGAGGUUAGAGAGAUGGUUGGAGACCAAGGGUUUUGGAACGAGGUGGAGGCGGUUCACGCUUUGACCAAGCUUGUUAAAGAGAUGGCUCGGAGGAUAGAGGAAGAGAAGCUACUCGUUGGGCAAUGCCUCCCUCUAUGGGACGAGCUAAGAGCUAAGGUUAAAGAUUGGGACUCUAAGUUCAAUGUAGGAGAAGGACACGUGGAGAAGCUUGUGGAGAGAAGAUUCAAGAAGAGUUAUCACCCGGCUUGGGCUGCUGCCUUCAUACUAGACCCUCUUUACUUGAUAAGAGAUAGUAGCGGCAAGUAUCUUCCUCCGUUUAAAUGUUUGUCGCCGGAGCAAGAGAAAGAUGUAGAUAAGUUGAUAACAAGGCUUGUGUCUAGAGACGAGGCACACAUUGCGUUGAUGGAGCUUAUGAAAUGGAGAACCGAAGGGCUUGAUCCAAUGUAUGCAAGGGCGGUUCAGAUGAAAGAGCGUGACCCGGUUACUGGUAAGAUGAGGAUAGCUAAUCCUCAAAGCAGUAGGCUUGUUUGGGAGACGUAUCUUAGUGAGUUCAGGUCACUAGGGAAAGUUGCGGUGAGGCUCAUUUUCCUCCAUGCAACUACUUGUGGGUUCAAAUGCAACUCAUCUCUUUUGAAAUGGGUAAGCUCGCAUGGGAGGUCUCAUGCAGCUAUGGAUAGAGCUCAGAAGAUGAUCUUUAUAUCGGCUAAUUCGAAAUUCGAAAGAAGAGAUUUCUCUAAUGAGGAGGAUAGGGAUGCUGAGCUGCUUGCUAUGGCUAAUGGUGAUGAGAAUUUGCUAAAUGAUGUUCUUGUGGACACAUCCUAGGUGUGACAUUUUUCCAAUUUGAAAAUCUUGUUUUUGAUCAGUUUUGUCUAAGCUUAGUUUUCCCAUUAGAGUUUUGCAUCUUGUAGGAUUGUUUGGAUUCUUUUUCUUUCAUUACUAUUAUUACCCUUUAAUUAUCAUAAAUAUUCAUGUUGUGAUUGGUUCUAUAUGUUAUUUGAGUAUUUGUAUUUCUUUAGCCUAUAUAUACCAUUGUUUUUCAGUAA